AUGCCGGCGCCCCUUCUCAUCACAGCGGAUCAAGUCAAUUGCCUCAUACAUGCUUAUUUCAUGGAUUCUGGCUUUCAGCACUCUGCUUUCGCCCUACGAAUGGAGGGCCGUCUUGACCAGUCACCUCAUAUUAAGAAGCAUAUUCCACGCGGAGAAAUCAUCGAACUACUUAGCAAAGCUCUUCUUUACUCCGAGGUCGAGGCUCAUUGGAAGGGUGACGAACUGGCUACAAAUUGUUCAGCUCCGUUUUCACUCCUAGACACCCAUACAUGUUUACUCCAGCCUAUUUCUUCAACAAAUGAUGUCCGCGAACCCAAUGCUCCCAAGGUGAAUGGGGACACUGCCGGUAAAAGGAAGGCAACCACACCUUCUGAAGAUACCCGUGCUGAGAAGAGAGCAAGGAAGGAGCAAGAGCAGAAGGACGCGCAAAUGGACGUCGAGGGCGCACCCGCCCCAAAGCCAAAACCGAAGGACCCUAAAUCAGACGCGUCUCAAGUCUUACCAGAAACUGCCGCUAAGAAGCUUAAGCACAAACCUAGUGUUGUUGGAGCGCGUGCCGGUGCCGUUCGGUUCUUACAGGCUCACAAGACCGAAGUUUUCGUUGUCGCCUGGAAUCCUUCUGCAAAAGGCCAGCUAGUCUCUGGGUCGCGUGAUGCUGUUGUGAAUUAUUGGACCGUCCCCAACGGACCAAACAACGAUCCCACAGCCCCCAUACAACCAACUCUAACUCUAUCAGACCUAACUACAGCUUCGCAGGCUGAUUUGACAGCACUGAACUGGAAUCACGAUGGUUCACUCGUAGCUGUCGGCUCAUAUGAUUCCAUCCUCCGAAUUUGCACUGCGAAUGGGGAAAUUUACUUCAACGACAGUCACCAUAAGGGUCCCAUAUUCGCUGCGAAAUUUUCACCCUCUGGCCAAUGGAUCGUAACCGCUAGUCUAGACUGCACUUCAUGUGUCUGGGAUGUCAAGCACAAGAAGAUACAUCGACAGUAUCGUAAUCACGGAGACGCUUGCUGCUUGGAUGUUGAAUGGCUAGACGACUCGACUUUCGCAAGUUGCGGGGCAGACAAAGUCGUUCAUAUCGUAUCCUUGACAGCUACCGGGCCAUUGCAUACUCUUGAGGGCCAUGCCGGGGAAAUUAACUCUAUCAAGUGCAAUCCGUCUCGAACACGGCUAGCGUCGUGUGCGGACGAUGGCACCGCACGUAUAUGGAACAUCGAAAACAUACAUUCCGAGAAAGCUCUGCCAGCGCCUGUAGUGCUCAAUGGCCACCAACAAUGUCUCACCUCCAUCGAGUGGUGUCCUGUCACUGGACCUGGUGAGCACGAACUGGUUGCAACAGCCUCGUUUGACGCCACCGCCCGAUUGUGGGAUACCGUCACUGGAAACUGUACCAAAGUCUUUGCGGACCACACCAAACAUGUCUACGCUCUGACCUUCAGCCCCGAUGGGCGUCACCUCGUCACUGGCGGAGGUGAUGGCUCGUUAAUUAUAUAUGAAUCGAAGGAGAAGAAAUGGUCGUGGUAUACGGGCGAGAAGUCUGGGAUAUUCGAGAUUGACUGGCAGAGUUGGGGGAAUACCAGCUUGAUUGCAUUGGCUCUGGAACGUCAGAUGGUGGCUAUUGUUGACCCAGGCAAGGUGCUUGCGCUUCAGAGUUCUUGA